AUGAGUCCACAAUCUUGCGAUGUUGUCGUCAACAGUGAUGAGACAGGACGUUUCUCUUGGGCUAAAAGUGUUCCUAUUGAAGAGCAAAUUGAGUCCCUUUAUAAGAAAGUCGAAGUGCGAGAUCCCGAUCAAAAAGAAUUUCUUCAAGCAUUCAGCGAAGUCUUACAUUCUCUGACCCCGCUCUUCAAGGCGGAACCGAAAUAUCUUGCUGUUCUUGAAACAAUUGCUGAACCAGAGCGUAUUAUUGUCUUUCGCGUUCCGUGGUUGGAUGAUCGCGGACACCAGCGUGUCAAUCGAGGGUUCCGCGUCCAGUUCUCCUCAACUCUAGGGCCCUACAAGGGCGGGCUUCGUUUUCAUCCAACUGUCAAUCUCGGUGUUAUUAAGUUCUUGGGGUUUGAGCAAAUUUUCAAGAACAGUCUAACGGGACUGCCAAUGGGGGGAGGGAAAGGCGGGUCUGAUUUCGAUCCUAAGGGAAAGUCAGAUAACGAAAUACUCCGUUUCUGCCAGAGUUUCAUGACUUCCCUCUAUCGCCACAUCGGCGCAGACACAGAUGUUCCAGCUGGUGACAUCAAUGUGGGGGGUCGGGAGAUCGGAUAUCUGUUUGGGCAAUACAAGAGGUUGAUGAAUCAGUUCGAAGGCGUUCUCACUGGGAAGGCUCUUAACUGGGGAGGGAGCUUGAUCCGCCCCGAAGCUACGGGAUAUGGUGCCGUGUACUUCGCUCAAAACUGGUCAGAGGACAACAACGUUCCCUUGAAGGGAGCUCGUUGUUUGAUUUCUGGAUCUGGAAAUGUGGCCCAGUAUACGAUCGAGAAGCUGAUCCAUCUCGGAGCUGUCCCCUUGACGAUGUCCGAUAGCUCUGGUUACGUUUAUGAGCCUGAAGGAUUUACUCCAGAAAAGUUGGAGAAAAUGAUGGAGAUCAAAAAUGUGCGAAGAGGUCGUGUUUCUGACUACUGCGCCGCUUUUCCAAGUUCGAAGUUCUUCACAGGGAAGAGACCUUGGGACAUCCAGAAUGUGAAGUAUGCGUUUCCAUCUGCUACCCAAAAUGAAAUCGAUGCAAGCGAUGCGAGGAUGCUUGCAAAGAACGGCUGCCUCUGUGUUGUGGAAGGCGCCAAUAUGCCAUCAACUAAUGAAGCCAUCGAUGUUUACAAACAAAGUGGCAUCAUUCUAUGCCCUGCGAAGGCUGCUAAUGCCGGAGGUGUUGCAGUCUCGGGACUGGAAAUGGCCCAAAACUCGAUGCGUACUGCAUGGACCCGAGAAGAAGUUGAUGAAAAACUGAAAAAUAUUAUAAAGUCAAUCUAUGAGAACUGCAAGGAGGCUGCAGCGAAGUAUGGUCAUCCUGGAGAUAUUCAAAUGGGCGCGAACAUAGCAGGAUUCCUGAAGGUUGCAGAUAGCGUCAUUGAGCAAGGUUGCGUCUAG